UUUGACGAAUCAUACUUCAUCGUCAUCAUCUGUGCGAAGCUGAAAUGUGUAUGAAAUGAGAAAGCGUGAAAGUAGCAGACUGGACUGAAGGGAUACACAUGGCAAUCAAAAUAAUGUACCAAAACUCCCCCAUCGGUUCAAAGCUCACCAACUUUUUGAAGCCCUUGUCUACCAAGAGUUUUCAAAGAUGUACCCUCUACCAUCGUCUGUGCAUAUCUAGAAUGUAUCAACCUGUGGAGAACAUGUAUGUUAACAAGGGUGAGGAAAAUGAGACAAACUUGGAAAAGAACCUGGCCUGCAACAGUCAUAGACUCAUGAAAUCCUAUGGAAUGAUAUUUGGUGUACAAACCGGAUUGUUCUACAUGCUGCCUUGGACACAGAGAGCUCUAGAUAAACUGAUUAGGCUGAUAGACCAGGAAAUGGAAAGCAUAGGUGCUCAAAAGAUGACAAUGACUUGUUUGACCCCAGCUGAAUUGUGGAAAAAAACGGGGAGAUGGGAUUCUAUGGGUUCUGAAUUGCUGAAACUACCAGACAGACACAAAAAGAUGUUUUGUCUUGGUCCUACACACGAGGAAGCAGUUACUUUUCUUGUGAGCCAGAAGAAGCUAGAGCGCAAACACCUUCCUCUCAAGUUGUAUCAGAUAACAAGGAAAUUUAGGGAUGAAAUGGCUCCAAAGUAUGGUCUUCUUAGAUCAAGGGAGUUUGAUAUGAAAGACCUGUAUACCUUUGAUGAGUCAGUAGAAAAAGCAGAAGAGACAUACAAUUCAGUAUGUGAUGCAUACAAUAGACUCUUUACUAGACUAGGAGUAAAUUUUAUAAAAGUGGAGGGGGCAACUGGUGUUAUUGGAGGCACCUUAUCACAUGAGUACCACAUUCCUGCCAGUGCAGGCCAAGAUUCUCUCUUUAUUUGUAACAAGUGUGGGAUUGGAGUUAAUAAAGAAGUAAUGGAUAAGGAUGUUUUGCAAACCAAUCACUGUAAGCAUCGAGACUGUUGUGAUUUAAAAACAAGCUCAGGAAUAGAGGUUGGACACACAUUUUUGUUAGGAACAAAAUAUUCUGAGCCUUUCAAUCUCCACUAUAAUUAUGUUGAAGGUCAGAAACACCUGGUAGAGAUGGGCUGUUUUGGCCUAGGAGUCAGCAGAAUUCUACAAGCAUCCAUAGAACAUCUCUCAUCAGAUAUCCAAGUAGUGUGGCCAAAGCUUAUCGCUCCAUAUCAAGUGUGCAUUAUACCUCAGAAAGCAGGAUACAAGGCAGAUGUAACUUGGGCCCUUGCAGAACAGCUCUAUGACCAGCUGAAUUCUAUACCACACCUAAGGGGGGAGAUAGUUUUGCACGACAAAAUACAACUAUCAAUAGGAAAACGCUUAAAAAAUAUGCGGAGGAUUGGGUUUCCUUAUGCCAUAGUGCUUGGUAAAAAGGCACUGGAAGAAGAGCCUCUCUUUGAACUGCAGUCACUUUACUCCAACUCUUCAGAUAUGUUAACUAUGCCAGACCUUAUAGACAAAUUAAAGAAUUCAAUAGAAACCAUCAAGUAAUAGAUGUUUUCAGACGCAGUUAUAACAACAGAAGUUGAUUGGAAAUGUAGUAACUUAAAAUAGUAAAAAAUGAUAUGGAAUGACUCUUAAAACAGUUUCCAUGAAAAAUGAAUGCAUGUAUCAUAUUAAAAACUGACAAACUUUUGAAUAAUGCACAAAUAUAUAA